UGUACAAUACUCCCCAUUAUAAUCAGAAAAGAAUAAAUCAUUAAGUUAAAGAAGUUUGGAAGACACAUAGACACUUUUUAAUACGUCAUGAGAUAAAGGCAAAAGAUAUUGGAGUAAAAGGAGUGUCUCGGAAAUACACCUCAGGAAGUCAUCGUAAAUUGUCCGAUAAAAAAAGGAGUAAAAUCGGUAUGCAUUGGAUAACCCAGAGCGCACAUUUAUAAUUUUUCUUUAAAACUGGAUUGUACAUCAAAGUUGUCACAAGUAGGUGAACGUCAGCGACAGGUGUCUGUUGAAACUUGGUAUUAUCAACACUGUACAGGAAUGCAGUUUUCAACUAAAUGUUUUCUGGCUAUUUUGAGCGCCAGUAUCACAGUUAUCAUUGGACAGGACUUACCAAUUAGAUGUUAUCGUAAAAGUGCGACAGAAUUCUUUGGAUGUUACGAGAUAUACUCCCCAAACUGUUACUCUGUACAAAGCUCAAUAAGGAAAUGGAUCGACGCCAAGUGUGCCGCUGGGUUUGACGCUAAAUGUGACGCCAAGUGUGCUGCUGGGUUUGACGCUAAAUGUGACGCCAAGUGUGCUGCUGGGUUUGAUGCAAAGUGUGACUCGAAAAUAAACGUGGCAGUGAAUAGGAAUUACUAUAUAAAAAGACGUACUCUGGCCUUCGAACUCGCUGAUUGUCUCAGAGCCAAAGAAAAGGCAACGUGUGAUACCAAACAAAAAUGUUUCUGGCUUCCCGAGGGCAAUUGUGUUCCAAAAGAUUUGGUUCCUUGAAUACCCUAUUGAAAGGAAAUAAAUGUGCAUAGUUGUGGGAAUUGCUCUAUCCAAUGAUUUCUGUAUAUAUUACAUUAAAAAUUAUUUGUCAGAUACUUCUUUUAUGAUGUAGAAAUAAAGUAAAAAAUUGUCAGCAAA